AUGAGGCUGCCGCCAACCAGCGUCACCGCCGCCAAAUCUCCGGCCGGCACCAUCGACGAGCGCUACCUCUCCUUUUGCGUCGACCUCGGCAUGAUUGCGCAGCCCACGCGCUUUUGGAACCCGGACGGCUCCGGCGAGACGGUCGGUGAGCGGCCGCCCUUCGACUUCUCGCGGCCGCGCCUGCGCAGGCUGUGCGGCGCCCUCUCGCCGGCCUACCUGCGCGUCGGCGGCACCGAGGCGGACCGCGUCUACUACGCGCUGGAGCAGCGCGGGCCGCAGCCGCCGCCUCCCGCGCCGGCCGGGUACGGCACGGUCGUGACGGGCGGGCAGCUGAUUGCGAUGGGAGAGUUCGCGAGGGAGGCCGGGCUCGAGAUCUCGCUCACGCUCAACGCCGGCUGGGGCAGCCGCGCCGGCAGCGCGCCGCGCCCCGACGGCUCCGCCGGUGCGUGGCGCCCGGACCAGGCCGUCGAACUGAUGCGGUUUGCCGAGGAGCACUCCAUCCCGAUCUCGGUCUACGAGCUAGGCAACGAGCCCAAUGCGUGGCCGCUCUUCCACUCCCCGCCGCUGUUCGUCACUCCAGAGAGCUACACCGCUGACCUCGCCGCACUCGCCGCCGUCCGCGACGUCGAGGCGCCGGCUGCGCGGCUGUCCGGCCCAGGCACCGCCUUGCUGGUUGUGCCCGCUGGUUGUGCCCGUGCGGCGGGGCAUAACAAUAAUAAUAAUAAUAGUAAUAGUAAUAAUAAUAAUAGUAAUAAUAAUAAUAAUAGUAAUCCUGCAGGCUGGUUGUGCCCGCUGGUUGUGCCCGUGCGGCGGGGCACGCUCCGCUCCCCGGACGUCCUCGACGUGAGCCGGCAGCUGGCGAGGGGGGUGAGGGGGGCGGCGGCAUCGCUGGGCGAGGCGCGCGCCGCCGCCGCCGCCGCCCGCCCGGCGGCGACGGCGGCGGCGACGGCGGCGGCGUGCUCCCCGUCGUGCUGGCUGGGCGAGACUGGGUCUGCGCAGGCGACUCUCUGGUGGCUCGACCAGCUCGGCGGGCUCGCCCUCGAGGGGACCGAGGUGCAGUGCCGGCAGGCGCUUGCCGGCUCCGACUACGGUCUGCUCUCCGAGGAGACACUGCAGCCGACGCCAGACUACUGGGCGAGCCUGCUCUGGCGGCGGCUGAUGGGCGGCACCGCUUUCGCCGUCGCGCUACCGCCAACCGCGCCGCGCUCGCUCCGCGCGUACUGCCACUCCGCCCGCGCCGCGCCGUCCGAGCCGCGCCGCCGCGCCUUUCUGCUCCUCAACUUGGGGGGCGAACCGCACUCUCUCCGCCUCUGCGUCGGAGGGCGCGGCGGAGGAGGAGGAGGAGGCGGAGGAGGCGGCGGCGGAGGAGGAGGAGGCCUUGCCGGCGAGGGCAGCGGCGGCGGCGAUCGAGCAGUCGGAGGGGAGGGCGCCCCUUGCGAGGUCCUCGAGACGUGGCUGCUCGAUGCGGCGUCGGCGGCGGCGACCACAGUCAGCGUCAACGGCGAGGAUUGCGGCGGCGGCGGCGGACGGCCGAGAUUAGCCGAGAUCACCCGAGACUGGCCGAGGCUAGGCGAGGAGGCGGCGGUGGCAUCGGACGGUACGCCGCCCAGUUUCUGCGCCGGCGAGGGCGGCGCGGGAGGGGUCGUCGAGGUGCCAGCGGGGGCGGCGCUGUUUGCGGUCUGCGCGGCGCUCGCGGCCUGA